AUGGAGCGAGUAAAAGAUAAGAUAUUCACUCGACCGAUUGUUUACGGUAAUACUGCUCAUUAUUUGGGUAAAAAGCGGGAAGAAGAUGGGCAUACCCAUGAAUGGACAGUAUUCGUUAAACCUUACUUCAAUGAAGAUCCGUCAAAGUAUAUUCGGAAAGUACAAUUCAAACUGCACGAUUCAUAUGCUAAUGCCACGCGAAUGGUCGAAAAACCUCCAUAUGAAGUAACGGAAACAGGUUGGGGCGAAUUUGAAGUUCAAAUUCGAAUAUAUUUUGUAGACGUUAAUGAAAAACCGGUGACAGCGUUCCACUAUCUUCGGUUAUUUCAACCACAAGUUACGCUUCCCAAUGGCAAAACAAUGGUCGCUGCGGAAUAUUAUGAUGAAAUUGUAUUUCAAGAACCCACAAUGCCAAUGUAUAAAGUGUUAUCACAUUUAGAAGGGCGUAAAGCCGAACCGAGACGUUUCCAUACUGAUUUUCCUUUUGUGCGUAAACGAACCCAAGAAAUGAUCAAUAAUGCGAGAAGCGAAAUAAACAAAGAGAUUCAAGAUUUGAUGGAUUCAUUGAAAGCUGCUCAUGAAUUAAUUGGAAAAUAUUCGAAAGAAGUUGACUUAAUGGAAACAGCUGCUAUAAACGCCGAAGACGGCAGUUUUGCAUGCGAAAAUAGCGGACAAACUACAGCAUGA